AUGCCACCAGUGCUCAAAGAAAAGAUGAAUAUACAGAAAAAAUUCAAUUUCAAACGAUACACCAGCGUUCAAAGAAAAGAUGAAUAUACAGAAGAUAAUAAUACACAAACUUCAAAAGAUCAUCCACCUUCUGCAGAAAUUAACAGUGAAUUUGACAAAACCCAAGAAAAUUCAAUUUCAAACGAUGCCACCAGUGCUCAAAGAAAAGAUGAAUAUACAGAAGAUAAUAAUACACAAACUUCAAAAGAUCAUCCACCUUCUGCAGAAAUUAACAGCGAAUUUGGUGAAACCCAACAAAAUUCAAUUUCAAACGAUGCAGCCAGUGUUCAAAGAAAAGAUACAGCAGAUAAUAAUACACGAACAUCGAAAGAUAAUCUACCUUCCGCAGAAAUUAACAGUGAAUUUUUUGAGACCCAACAAAAUUCAAUUUUAAACGAUGCAGCCCGUAUUCAAAGAAAAAAUGAAUAUACAGAAGAUCCACCUUCUGCAGAAAUCAAUAGUGAAUUUGGAGAAUCCCAACAAAUUUCAAAUUUAGCUGAUGCCGCCAGUAUUCAACCAAAAAAUGAGUAUACAGAAGGUAAUAAUAUAGAAACAAGAUCAAAAGAUGAUGCAGAAAUUAAUAGUGAAUUUGGCGAAACUCAACAAAAUUCAAUUUUAAAUAAUACAAAUGCUCAUUUGGAAUCUGAUAAGAUUAUAGUCAAACAGAACUUAUUAUGUUUGUAUGAUGGUAUCGGUAAUGAUAUUGUGCAAUUCAUACCAUUAUCGAGAACUUCAUCUGAAUUUAUACAUAUAAGUAUGAACUUUCCAUUUAAUAUUACAAAAAUCCAUAAAAUAUUUAAUCCAUUUAUACAAAAAGCAUUUGAAUUGACGCGUGAAAUGAAGUACAGAAAUAUACAACCUCUCAGACUGUAUCAUGCGACUAAGCUGAGACAUGUAGAAAGUAUUUGUAGAAAUAAUUUUAAUUGGAGAUUGAGUGGCCAUGAAAGAGGCCAUAGAGUAGGUCAUGGCGUUAAUUUCACUAACGAUCCGCAUUUAGCUAAGCAUUUCUGUGAUAAAUAUUCAGAAAAUGUAAUGAUAUUGGCAGAUGUGCUAGUAGAUCUUCAAAUCGAGGGUAGCGGUGAUAUGAUUGUUCCACCUGAAGGUAUCGAUACUGCUAUAAGAAUAACACCAAGACACAGAACUUAUGUUAAGUUCAAUGACAGCGAAUUUUGUCCUUUAUAUGCUAUUUAUUUUUCUUAUAAUUUUAAUUAUUCUUCUAGAAGAUUUUUUCAUAUGUAACAUUUUACAUUUAUCAGUUAUUUUUAUAUUCUUUCAAUAUUUAUGAUAUCUUCUUUUAUUAUGUUUCUAUAUUUGUAUUUGUUUUCUAUUUGUUAUUUUGUUACUUAACUAUAAUAGUACCAAAGCAUAAAACUUAUGUUAAGUUUUAUGACAGUUAAUUAUGUCCUUUAAAUGGUCAUUUAUUUUUCUUUAAUAUCCUUUUUAUGUUUUCUUUAUUAAUUUAUAUUUUCUUUAUUAUGUUUCUAUAUUUCUUUUUUUAUAAGUAUUUUUUCUAUUUGUUAGUACUGCUAUUAAAAUAGUGCCAAAGCAUAAAACUUCUGUUGAGUCCAGUUGUGUCCUUUAUUUGUCAUUUAUUUUUCUUAAAUAUUCUUUUUAUGUUUAUUUCUAGUUCUUGUUAACUUUCUUCAGUAAUUUAUGAUAUUUUCUUAUAUUAUGUUUCUAUAUUUAAGUACCUAUUUUACUUUUCUCUUUGUUACUUGAUACUGCUAGAUAUAAAAAUAGUAAUACUUAAAAAUAAUAUAUUAAUAAAAACAUAAAACUUAUGUUAAGUUCAGUGACAAAAUUGUCCUUUAAUUGUUUUUGUGUAAUGUUUUUUCAUAUUACAGUUUUUAUUUUUAUUCACUAUUUAUGAUCAUUUUUUUAUGUAGAUCUACAGGGUGGGCCAGAACUCCUCCGAAAUAUAUAAAAAAAUUGAUGUAUUUGGAAAAUCCCAAAAAAAUUUUGUUAGGCAUAAUUUUUUAAAAAAAUAAUAAAAAAAAGAUUCCCAUUCGUUUUGAACUCUUUUGCACACCCUGUAUAUUUCUAUAAUUUCUAAGUAUUUUGUUUUUCUUUUCAUUACACAGUGUUGAAGUAUCCCUAUUUUAAUUCCGUGUGGUCAAGAAAUUUUCUGAUCAAGCAGGCUUUUAACAAAUUCAUAAUCCCGAGCAUAAUUCUUAGAUCUUGUAAAAUACUCUACGAUUUGAUUAAGAGUUAGCCCUUGUUCAAAGCCAACUUGAUAAUAUAUUAUUAGAAUAUUAAUAUGUAAGUUCAGUGACAGUGAUUUUUUACUUAUUUAAUAUGUUUUUUUUUUGGUUCCUAUUAUAUAUUUAUGUUAACUGAGUUAGAAUUAAACACAUUUUUUAUUUUUAUAAGAAUAUUCUGAAUGUUAUGUUCAAUUCGUGUCUAUGACA